AUGGACGGUCUACUUUUAGAUACCGAGCAAGUGUAUAAAAAAAUGAUAACUCAGCUCUGUGCAAACUAUGGACACAAGUACACUGAUGAACUGAUGAUGAAGGUUCUUGGAGGAACUGAGCAAAGAUUGUCCGAGAUCUUAUGCAAGGAGCUAAAGCUUCCUGUAACACCACACGAAUUCAGAGACCAGUUGUUGAAACUUGGUGACACAAUGCUUGCAGGAACACCGUUACUUGAUGGGGCCGAAAGAUUAAUUCGUCACCUGCACAAAACUAGAGUUCCGUUCGCUCUAGCAACAUCUUCCAGUGCGCGUUCAGUAGAAACAAAGAUAGCUAGUCAUAAAGAGCUUUUCAGCUUGUUCAACCACAUGGUUAUGGGGAGCAGUGAUAAGGAAGUUAAAUUUGGAAAGCCACAUCCAGAUAUAUUUCUUGUGGCUGCUUCAAGAUUCCCUGAUAAACCUGACCCUUCUAAGUGCUUAGUGUUUGAAGAUUCGCCACACGGUGUCACUGCUGGCAUCGAAGCCGGUAUGCAAGUGGUGAUGGUGCCAGACCCCCACCUUGACAAGCAGUUCACCAAACAUGCUACAAUAGUGCUUCCAUCUCUAGCUAAGUUCCAACCAGAACUAUUCGGAUUACCAGCGUUCCAU